AUGCCUCGCCGUCAGGGACCGUCACGUUCCCUGUUCGCUUCCCUCCCCUUGGAUCUCAAACAAUCACUUCGAUCACAAUCUUUCGACAACUUCGCUAGCAAGUCAGAGGAAGUUCAAGUGAAAGCUGGGAAUAUAAUGGAUAUAAGCAUGAACGGUAAUGGAAUGCUUAGUACUCAACCUCAUUCAGAUAGCGAUAGUGAUGGUGAAGUAGAUGGGGACGAAUCACCCAUUAGAUAUCCAGACAAUCAUAACAUAGACAACCACAGCAACGAAUCAACGGUAGUAGCCCAAACACCAAGUUCAGUAGAACCAUUAACGAGAACCGUAGUCAACCAAAUACUCGACACAGCUGAACCAGGCCCAUCAACCAUCGUAAAAUCCCGAAGACACGUAGCUCAUAUCCCCAAAUACGAUCCCACCGAAUUCGUAGGUUUUGGUCAACAGACGCACAAGAAAAGGAAGAAAGGUAAACAACCUGUACGAAAUCCUUUGAACCCCUUUGUAGGACAUGAAUGGGACUGUACGGGACUAGUAAAGAGAUAUACGAACUAUACGGAAGUUCCUCAAGAUCUGAUGAAAUAUUACGCACAAAGACGACUAUAUUUCCCAUUAUACGAUCAUCUUCCUCUACUUCUCGACAGGACAGGAUGGUUUUCCAUUACCCCUCAACCUAUCGCUGCUCAUAUUGCGAAUCGAUGUAAAUGCGAUUUGAUUGUCGAUGCGUUUUGCGGGGUGGGUGGGAAUUCGAUUGAAUUUGCUAAAACCUGUGAAAGGGUUAUCGCUAUAGACAAUGACCUGACUCGACUGAAAUUAGCAAGACAUAAUGCUCUGCAUCAUGGUGUAGCCGAUCGGAUAGAAUUUAUUCACGGGGAUUUUGUCACGUUCGCCAAGUCGUUCGUAGCGAAUAGUAAUGGAAGGGAAGAAACUGUCGAUGUGAUUUUCUUAUCUCCUCCAUGGGGCGGAAUCGAUUAUCUCAACACCCCUUCUUCCACUUAUCCACUCUCAUCAAUCUUACCUAUACCAGGAGACGAGCUGUUCGAGCUAUGUACGACGCUUACACCGAAUAUAGCAUAUUAUCUACCCAGGAAUACAGACUUGAAGGAACUUUCGACACUUGCCAGAACGAUCCAGGGGGAAGAUCCAGAUGGGAGAGGAAGGAAUAGGGAAUGGGUGGAAGUGGAGGAGGAGUGGGUGGGAGAGAAGUUGAAAGCUAUUACAGCGUAUUUUGGCGGGUUGGUUGCUGAUGAGUGA